UCCAACCUUUAACUUAAACCAUUUCUCUCUCUUUGUCUCUGUCUCUAUAAAAAGAAAAAAAGAAAAGCCUGCUCCAAAACAUUUCUUCACAUACCAACAAUGGCGACGCAACCAUCUCUCUUGUUCAUAUUAUGCCUUCCAACCAUUCUCCUCGUCUUCCCCUUUCUUUCAUCUGCAACACCCUAUUUACAUUCCCUUUCUUCUCCGGCGCCGGCCACCCAUUUUUCCGGCGGAACCCCCCAUUACCACCGCCAUUUCUCUAAUUUACGCAAACUCAAAGCCUCACUGACGGUUCGACAUGAUUCUGCCCCUUCUGCCCCAAUGCCCAGUUUUACACCACCAGGUGGCGCUCGUGUGUAUCACGUGACAUCGUAUGGAGCCGAUCCCACGGGUAAAAUCGACAGUACAGAAUCGCUUCUCCGGGCGUUGUCCGAUGUGUACAAUUCUACGAGUGAAGGCUCGUUGAUGGAGGGCAUCAGGAAUCUAGGAGGUGCUCAGAUUAAUCUGGACGGUGGAAAUUUCUUGAUCAGCCGUCCGCUGCGCUUACCGGCUGCCGGUGUAGGCAAUGUUAUGAUACACGGAGGAAGUUUACGUGCUUCAGACGAUUUUCCCUCUGAUGGAUACCUAAUCGAAUUAUCGCCGCCGUCUUCGUCUUCGUCUUUGUCAGCGGCGAAGAAAAUUAAGUACCAGAGAGCAAUGAACUCCACGGAGGAUGCGAUGCUUAGUUCUUCUUCAUCAUAUAAUUAUGAGUAUAUCAGUUUCAGAGAUCUUCUAUUGGAUUCCAAUUACAGAGGUGGCGGCAUUUCCGUCGUCAAUUCCUUAAGAACUACCAUAGACAAUUGCUAUAUUACACAUUUCACCACCACCGGGAUUUCAGUACAAGGCGGCCACGAAACCUACAUCCGCAGCUCUUUCCUCGGCCAACACAUCACUGCCGGCGGCGAUCCUGGUGAACGAAACUUCUCCGGAACUGGAAUCAGGCUCGUUGGCAACGACAACGCCGUAACUGACGUCGUCAUUUUCUCCGCCGCCACGGGAAUCGUCGUCUCCGGCCAAGCGAACAUUAUCACAGGCGUGCAUUGCUACAACAAGGCAACCGGAUUCGGCGGCACGGGAAUUUACUUGCAGUUACCAGGACUAACACAGACCAGAAUCGUGAAUUCGUACAUGGAUUACACUGGAAUCGUAGCGGAAGAUCCAGUUCAACUCCACAUUUCCAAUACAUUCUUUCUCGGCGAUGCUUCGAUUACGCUGAAAUCGAUCAAUGGCAUCGUCAGUGGAGUGAACAUCGUGGACAACAUGUUCAGCGGAUCGGGCAAAGGAGUGGCGAUCGUUCAACUGGACGAAUCGAAAUCGGCAUUCAAGCAAAUAGAUCAGGUGGUGAUCGAGAGAAACAACGCGAAAGGAAUGCAGGUGAAAUCAACAGUCGGAAGCGCAGAAUUGGAAGGAAACGGAACUUCAUGGAUUCUAGAUUUCAAUUCUGUUCUCACGUUUCCGAAUCAUAUUAGGAACGUUCAAUACUCGUUUCGAAGCAGCGACAAUGGAUUUCCGAAGCAUAUAGUGAGAAAUGUAUCGGAGAACCGGGUGGUGAUUGAGACGGACGUUGCGGUGGUCGGAAGCGUGUUUGCGACGGUGGAUCAGGGGCGGAGUUAGACCUAGGAUGGAAGAGAAAAGAGGUAAAAUACAGUUAAUAAAUUGAUUAUGAAUGGAUUUGGGCACAAAAAUUGUAAAUAAAUAGGCUAGUUUCAAAUGGAAAAUUAGCUGGAAGAGUUGGAAUUCCAAAAAAGAAAAAAAUGCAAUAUGAAGUGUUGUUUGGUUCUCUGCUUUCUUAAUGUUUGUGAAAUAUGGAAGAACGAUAAAGACAAGACUUGCUUUUACGUCA